AUGGCUUUCAACACCCAGCAUGACGAUGCGCCUGCACUGGAGAAUAGAACCCCAAUUCACAGUGAAGUUGAUUCAGAAGGGGUGGAUGAGAAAUCAGCCGGAAUAUCAAUGGAGACGGUGCUUGAUCCACAGGAAGAGAAAAAGCUACUGCUCAAGCUGGACCUUGCCUUUGUGCCUAUCAUCAUGCUCACGUAUUUGUCCUGCUUCUUGGACCGGUCAAACAUCGGAAAUGUGAAGGUGGCCCAUAUGCCCGAAGAUAUCAACGCCUCCGCUAGCCAGUUUUCAACCGCAAUAUCCAUCUUCUACGUCACAUAUGUCCUGCUUGAGUCUGUAUGGGCGGUACUUAUGAAGAAACUGACGCCCCGAAACAUCCUGACUGGCCUCUGCAUCGUCUGGUCCCUCACCACCGUGUUUACGGGUUUCAUUGAAUCAGUGGGCUCGCUGUACGCCACCCGGCUGAUCCUAGGUGCUUGCGAGGCUGGACUCUUUCCGUGCUUGAACCUGUAUCUGACCAUGGUCUAUCGCCGUGAGGAGCAAGCCAAGCGUGUUUCAUACUUGUUGAGCUGUGCUGCCAUCUCGGGAGCAGUGGGCGGCUUGCUGGCCUAUGGCAUUCUGCAUAUGGAUGGCCUUGGAGGCAAAGCCGGAUGGAGAUGGGUAUACAUCAUCGAAGGCAUUUUCAGUGCCAUCAGCGCCAUUCUCAUCUGGUUUGGGUUGCCGAAUAACCCAGCAGAGGCCUACUUCCUCACCGAAAAGGAGAAAUGGAUGAUGCGUGUACGCAACGAGCAACGUCGCAAGUACAUGGGUAGUGACAAGUUCAGCUGGGAAGAGAUGCGGAUCGCGCUCAGUGACCCGAAGCUCUAUCUUUCCGGUGUGAUUCAAUUUUGCCAGGACAUCCUCCUGUACGGAUUUAGCACAUUCCUGCCAACGAUUUUGCACGGCAUGGGGUAUGAUUCGCUCAUGAGUAAUGUGCUGACCGUCCCGGUCUAUAUUUGGGCUGCGGCCAUCUUUAUCGCGGUCGCCUUCUUCUCCGACCGGUAUUCUAAGUUUGCAUCGUUUAUCUUCGCUGCCAAUAUCUUUGGCAUUGUGGGCUACAUUUUGUUGCUGACUGUGGACAACACGGCUGUGAAAUACUUCGCAACCUUCUUGUGUGGAAUUACCACCUACACAGGCGUCGGUCUAAACGUCGCCUGGCUGAAUGUGAACACAGCUCCGCAAUACCGACGGGCUCUGCAAAUUGGCCUACAGCAGACAAUGGGCAACUGCGCCGGCAUCGUGGUAGGUCAAGUCUAUCGCCAGUCCCCGUACGUGCUAGGGAAUGCGUUCUCCCUGGGUGCGCUUGUGGUGGCACAAUUCGCAGUGACCGGUCUAGGAUUAUACGUACGGCGGGAGAACCAGGUCAAGGAACAGAUCGCGAGCGGAGAGAAGGAAGAUAACCGGCCCAUUCGCUCGGGCGACUACGCAGUGGACUUCAAGUACCAUUAUUGA